ACUGAGCUAGCCACUGCAAUGACCGCUAUUAAAAAGGCGCAAGCUGAUAUGAAAUCAAUGCUGGACGAUGCAAUACAAGGAGGACUGAUUAAUAUCACUGUAGCUGUGACGUCGAUGACGACCAACACAUCGGAGGCCAUAACACGAAUGGAGAAAGAAAACAAGAUAUUGAAAGAUCAAUUGGACGAUGCAAUACAAGGAGGACUGUUGACUAUAUCUAAAGCAGUGUCGGCGAUGACGACCAACACAUCAGUUGCAAUUACACAGACAGAGAGAGAACAGAUGAUAAUAAAAGACCAGUUGGUGAUCCCUACGAUAUACUUCUACGCCCGGACAGCAGCAUCUUCAACUGUAUCACAGACUGUCGUUUACACAGCGGUGGAGGUAAACGAAGGUCAAGGUUAUGACCCGGCAACAGGAAGAUUUACUGUGUCAGUCCCUGGACUGUAUGCGUUUACAGUUCAAUAUUGUCUUAGCAAUAUGUAUGAGGCUUGGUUGGAAAUUGUUAAUAAAAAGAAAACGUUACAGAGAUCAUCAAUGAAAGAUAAAAGUGGCACAUACCCGUGUGUGUCCAUGCAGGUGUUUACCAAGGCUGAUGUGUCCGACCAGAUCUGGGUUCAAUCAACAUCAGGGUCGAACAGUCAGUUAUAUACGGAUUCGUUCAGAUACACUUCGUUUUCGGGAGCAUUGAUACACUUGUAAAGCAAGCAUAAUCAGCAUGAUGUAUUGCAUUUAAAUGAUUAAUAUCGUGUAUUGCAAUUAGUUCUAUUCCCGAAAAAUUCCAUGUUUUCCUUAUGUUAAUGACUUAAUCAUUUACAUUUGUUAAUCAGUUUAAUCUUAAUAAUUAUAUGUAUGCGUUUAAUCAAAUAUGUAAACGAUGGCAAAGCGAACAUUUAAAUGAUGACAAUAAAGCUAUGUUUUUGCUUGUGUCUUUUUA